UACAACAUGCCAGGAGGACUCAUGUGCCAAUCAGGGUGUGUGCCUGCAGCAGUGGGAGGGGUUCAACUGUGACUGUAGCAUGACAUCUUUCGGAGGGCCACUCUGCAACGACGCUGGAACUACGUAUAUAUUUGGCCGUGACGGUGGACUAAUCACGUAUACAUGGCCUCCCAAUGACAGGCCCAGCACGCGGGCAGACAGGCUGGCCAUAGGUUUCAGCACACAGCUAGAGGAUGCUGUUCUGGUGAGGGUGGACAGCUCAUCUGGCCUUGGAGACUACCUGAAGCUACACAUUGAAAAAGGAAACAUUGCAGUUAUAUUUAAUGUUGGAACGGACGACAUAAAUAUCGAGGAGACAGCAAAGUUUGUAAAUGAUGGAAAGUACCAUAUAGUGAAGUUUACGCGGAGUGGCGGUAACGCCACACUACAGGUGGAUGACCUACCUGUCAUAGAGCGCUAUCCCACAGGCAACAAUGAUAACGAACGCCUGGCGAUUGCUAGACAGCGAAUCCCAUAUCGACUUGGUCGAGUAGUUGACGAAUGGCUACUCGACAAAGGUCGGCAGCUCACUAUCUUCAACAGCCAGACCACCAUACAGAUAGGUGGCUGGGACAGGGACAGGAGUCGCUCGUUUCAGGGCCAGCUCUCAGGCCUCUACUAUAACGGGCUGAAGGUGUUCAACAUGGCCACUGAAGGAGAUCCUAACAUCCGCAUCCAGGGGAGCGUGAGACUGGUGGGAGAGUCACCCUCUUCCAUCACGCCACAGUCCAGUGCCAACACGGGCAACCGGUCGGAGACGUCCACCUCCAUUAUGGAGAUCACCACGACGACGGCAUCCAGUAGGAAAGUGAAGCAGACGACGCCACGGGAACCUCAUCAGACGACGGACGAUCUGCCGGUGGCAUCUGCGGAGUGUCCGAGCGAUGACGAGGACAUUGAUCCCUGUGAGCCGAGCUCAGGUGGGUUAGCUAACCCAACAGGCCCGGCAGUGAAGGGCUACCCAGGUCCAUCGGAGGGGGUGUUCCGUGAGUCAAGCAGUACCACAGGGAUGGUGGUUGGCAUCAUAGCGGCAGCUGCCCUCUGUAUCCUCAUCCUGCUCUACGCCAUGUACAAAUACCGCAACCGGGACGAGGGAUCUUACCAUGUGGACGAGAGCCGUAACUACAUCAGUAAUACAUCGCAGUCCAACGGGACGUUGGUGAAGGACAAACCGCCGAACGCAGCCAAGACCUCCUUUAAGAGCAAGAAGAAUAAGGACAAGGAGUAUUACGUGUGAUCCUUACUGUCUCUGGUCUUCACCACUGGCCCGACAAACUUUUUGACUCGAGAAGACCAAUCAGGAGAUCAGAAGACCACUAAAAAGUGUAUAAUAAUGAACAAACGAAAUUCAACAAAAACUACAAAAUAACAUUUUGUCUUUCAUUUUACCCAAGACAUGGUGGGAUGGUGUUAUACCCGAAUGCCAAAUGGACUAAAAAAUAAAACAGAACAUCUUCCUUUAGAUUCUUAAAACCAACAAACUGGGCUUUAGGAAAUAGCACCAGGGAGAUAGAGGUACUCUAUUGGACUAUACUGAAGAGGGUUUGGAACUGCAGAAUAAUCAACAGGAGUACCUAUACAUCUUAAACCAACAAACAAUCCAACCAAUAGUUCAGUUUUAUUCAGUUUAUUACCAGGAUAUUGGUUUUCCAAAUGGGAGAAGAGAGAUGCAAACGGGCGAGGAGAGGUAUACAAUUGAGGAAGAUAUAUUACAACUAUAAACACCAAUGUUUAAUUUACAUAUCCCGUGUUUGUGUUAACUGGGAACUUUUCUACGAGAAAAUACUUAAAACGCACAAAUGAGGUAAAUAAAGAAAACCCAACACCAAACAUGUGCAACAACAGAUGACGAGUGAAUAGAAAAGAGAUGGCAUAAUGGGAAGGCAAGGUAACAGUGAAGAAGGAAGUGAAAGGAUAAAUAUGCUACCUACUGUAUGUUUGACUAAUCAGCCAAAGUAUUUGCACUUUUUAUGGUGGCAAUGAUGGCCAAAACACAGACUAAAGGAACAUUUGGCUGCCUGAUCUAUCAACAGUGCAAAGACAAAAUGGCCUCCGAUUAAUCUUGAUCUAGAGAUACUUAUGUCAAGUUAUGAUUAAGAUUCAUCUUAGCCAGUUAAGAAAUCAUGAUGCCUUAGAUUCCACACUGUUGUUGAAAACUAAGGCAGAGUGUUUUACAGAAUUCUGGAAGGAGAAGUCCGAAUGUUCGUAAUGCGAUCAUUCUGAUACUGGAACACUCCAUGCACGCAAAACGUAUCUUAUUACAGUACAUGUUUAUAUACAGUACAACCACAUCUAUAUGUGCUUUCUGGACAGUGACAAAGUGGUGUUUUAUAGCCUGUUGUAUAGAUGACCACGCAAGCUAUAUCUGCUCCUCCUCCAACCAUUUUUGGAAUAAAAAACAAAUAAAAAAAUGACAAAAAUACCAAAUUAAAUGUUACUAAGUGUUGCUAGAUAUAGAAGAUUUUAUGACGUUGAUCGGCAUUGACUUUUCUUUUCAGUUGGAUUCUUUAUUCCCCCGUUAAACAUCUGUUUAGUUUUUAUACAAAUGCCAACCUGAUCUAAUAGAUAUAUUGACCCCGCCCAGUAGUAGCCUGACCUUCCUCAAACUGUACAAGGUAAUGAUAGUGGACAGUAGAGACCUGGCAUGAUGAUAUGCAGGAUGAGGUCAUGUCUCCAGGGUAUCACAAACUUUCUCCCCAUUCCUGCUCCUUCCCAGUUCCUGGGGCAGUAACAGUAACGGAUGGCCUUCCUCCCUAUACCUGCCCCCCAAACUAAACCUAGCUAUGUACGAAUGAAGAUGUAUACUACUGAUGAUGUUGCUGUAUGUGUUCCUAUAAGUGGUCCUAUAACAUGAUUGUUUAGUGUAUGCUUGGGCUGAUGCAAAAAAUCUGAAGAAGAAAUAGGAAGAGAUAAUUUGAACCGUUUGUGUUUUUGUCAUUCUACUGUCAGCUCUGUUCUGCUGUCCUGGUGACCUGAUGGACUUGGAAUGAGUGCUACUAUGACCUAUAAAUAAUGACGACUAUUAUAAAUUCUUUGAUUGUUCAUUCCUUUUUCAUUUCUACAUGUGCUAUUUUUUUCUACAGUAUUUUAUGUUCAAAUUGUGACAAUGUCUUUAUUAUUGACCUCAGUAACAUUUAUUAUGAAAAAAAUAGUUUUGAAAAAUGAAAUGAAUAAAUGAAAUAAAAUGUUACCUUA